AAGCACACUAUGACUUCAGGAGAGAGAGAGAGAGCAGAAGAGGGAGGCGGAAUGCAACAGGCUGAAGUCAGUCGUCGCACUGACACAAACUUCACAACUUUUCAGUUCUCGCUCUACUCAUUACUCUUCUGAAUAGUCCAAAAAAAACCCCAACAAAAACAAAAACGACAGAAAGUGCCGGACUCCCCGUUAGACAUCUGACGUCGAAAGGCGGGCCGUCCUCAGCAUCCCUCCAGCCUCCCUGCAUCCCAACCAGAGAGGGGCUGAAUGGCACCAGCCCCUCUCGGCUUCAGCUAUCGAGAAACGUCCGCUUCUUUGUGACACCAUGGCAACCAACAGGGAGCACCAGCUGCGUCACAUGGCCGGCUUCUCUCGCACCAUGUACCCCUUCCCCUUCAGCUCUUUGAGGAGCCACUCGCCCUUUGACCUGCUGGCCAGCAGCAACCUGUUUGGUCGCUUUGGGGCGGACCUUCCUAAGGAGAUGGCGGCAUUGUCGGUGGAGACCCAGAGCACCAGUUCCGAGGAGAUGGUGCCUAGCUCACCGUCCCCUCCGCCACCGCCUCGCAUCUACAAGCCUUGCUUCGUGUGCCAGGACAAGUCAUCUGGAUACCACUACGGGGUCAGCUCCUGUGAGGGAUGCAAGGGUUUUUUCCGCCGCAGCAUCCAGAAGAACAUGGUGUACACGUGCCACCGAGACAAGAACUGCCAGAUCAACAAAGUGACGCGUAACCGCUGUCAGUACUGUCGGCUGCAGAAGUGCUUCGAGGUCGGCAUGUCCAAAGAAGCGGUGCGCAACGACAGGAACAAGAAGAAGAAGGACGUGAAGGAGGAGGUAGUGUUGCCGGAGAACUACGAGCUCAGCGGUGAGCUGGAGGAGCUGGUUAACAAAGUCAGCAAGGCUCACCAGGAGACAUUUCCAUCUCUGUGCCAGCUGGGCAAAUACACCACAAACUCCAGCGCUGACCACAGAGUACAGCUGGACUUGGGCCUGUGGGACAAGUUUAGUGAGCUGUCCACCAAGUGCAUUAUCAAGAUCGUGGAAUUUGCCAAGCGGCUACCAGGCUUCACCACGCUCACCAUCGCUGAUCAGAUCACCCUCCUCAAAUCUGCAUGUCUGGACAUCCUGAUGCUGAGGAUAUGCACGCGCUACACCCCCGAGCAAGACACCAUGACAUUCUCCGACGGCCUGACCCUCAACAGAACCCAGAUGCAUAACGCUGGCUUCGGCCCGCUCACUGACCUGGUUUUCGCCUUCGCCGGGCAGCUGCUGCCUUUGGAGAUGGACGACACAGAAACGGGCCUCCUCAGCGCCAUCUGCCUGAUCUGCGGAGACCGCAUGGACUUGGAAGAGCCCAACAAGGUGGACAAGCUGCAGGAGCCGCUGUUGGAGGCAUUGAAGAUCUACACCCGCCGCCGACGCCCCAACAAGCCUCACAUGUUCCCUCGCAUGCUCAUGAAAGUCACCGACCUCCGAGGGAUCAGCACCAAAGGUGCAGAAAGAGCCAUCACACUAAAGAUGGAGAUUCCUGGCCCCAUGCCGCCGCUCAUCAGAGAGAUGCUGGAAAACCCAGAGGCCUUCGAGGACAGCAGCGACUCAGGAGAAGGCGCUGCCACCACAGCUGCCCCCAGCACCGAACCCGCAACUGCUCCUCCGCCAGCCAUUCAGGCAAUUAAGCGAGAAGAGAAAAGCACAUGCGAGUCAGUGGUGGAGGAUGAAGACGACGACGACGAGGAAGACGACUACUGGGACGAAGAGAGGGACCGACUGGCGGACAGUGACGCAGAUUUAUGGGGAGAGGAAGCGGAGACGGUGGCAGGGGGGGCGACCACACAAAAUAAAAGCGGGACAACACAGCAGUAGCAAAUGAUGACGAUGCUGCCUCCUCAUCAUCCUCACCCUCCAAUCAGGCUCUUAUUAGACAAUUGCAACGUUUACAGGAAGUGAGGGAUGAAGCAAAAGCACUAAAAAAAAAUGGAGGACCAGAAUUUCACAGUGCCAAAAAAAGACAGAAUGUGAUCCGCAGUGAGAGACAGGAGGACACACACCUCUUCAGGAAAAGGGCUACACUUAAAACAAAACAAAAAAAAUGUUUUAUACAAUGACAAGUGACACGAACUGUUCUUUAUCUUUUGUAAUUGUCUCGUUGUCUAUUUUCUUUGUGUGUCUCUUUUUGUUUGUGGUGGACAAGGUGAGAGCAGGACUCAAAACUCCCAGCCUAAACGGUCUGAAUCUCAGGCAGCAAGUAAGCAAUACUGAAUUUGACGAUUGCAUUCUGAAAUAAGCCCAGAUGAUGCCGACUGAGGACAGAUCCGGUCAUGUGGUCUCUCUCGGGUGCACUCAGUCACCUGUCAGGGCAGAGAAACGUGACUCCACAUGACCGUGAAGCCAUAAAGUCGCGAGUCAGCUCCAUGGAAAUAAGAUAGAAUAGUAAGACUUAUUUAAGCCUGCAGCUAGCUACACUCCACCAUCAUUCAUUUACGUGUUUUUACCGCUAAUAAAUGCACACAUCAAACUUUAACUGGAUUGUCUAAUGCCAAAUAUUAGUUUUGUUUUGUCCCAGUUGCCCCAUUGUAGCUGUACAGCAUAGUUUGAGGACAUCGGGGAUGACAUACAAAUGUUAAGAUGCUCUCAAGUGGAGACCUGAAUGUAGCAGCUGAGAAUGUAAAGACAAGAAAAAAAAAGGUAAUUUAGGUAUAAAAUACAGUUAGUACAACAUCGGUUUUCGGUAAUAGUCCGUUCAAAAGGGUCUGACCAAAAACCGAAAUCGUACGAAAACCAACAUUGUGUCCUCUUAAUAAUGGAAAUCCAACUGAUGAGUUUCGAACACCCAAAAAUCUUAACACAAAACACAUUUUGUAGAGAAUAAUUGUCGUUUUACAUGCAGGAAAAAAAAUUCACGCAGACGACACUUUCGUACUUUGCUACGAGUUUGUUUUUGAAUCCAAUCAUGUUUUUUCUUUGUCGAAGUGCUGGCACUUGCAACUUUCUUUGGCCCCACUGUAGAAAUUUUUGCAGAUGUACUCAAUAAUUUAAAACAAACAAAUAGACUGAGUCAACAACAUGUGGGAUUUUGCAGAAUCAUACGCGGACAGACUGAGUCAACAACAUGUGGGAUUUUGCAGAAUCAUACGCGGACAAACGGACCAGUCUGGUUGUAUGAUAACCGAGACAGCAUAUGCAAACCGAAUCAUAAAAAAAGUGGAGCAUACGAAAACUGAGGUACCACUGUAGUAUAUUUCUGCGUCGAAGAUGUACAAAUGUAUCUUGUGUUAUAAAGAAGUUCAGUCAUACAAUUUCACAAUUUGACAAACUAAAAUACAUCAUGACCAGAAUCUGUUAGGAGCCAAUAUACAAAAAAAUGCAUGUGUUAAAAUAGGGUAUACUAAGACUAUCCCAAAAAAUUGUACAAUUCAUACUAUUAAAAACUGUUUGAGGGUUAUGACAUAUUUGUGUUAUGCAAUAGAGAUUUAAUGACAGAAAAAUAUUUUGAAUGAGCUGGAACAUUUUUAAAAACAUAAAUCAACCUCCACCAUCUCAUUUAUGUUAAGAUAUUUGAACAUCUAAUGAGUUGUUCUUGUUUUUUCUAUUAAAAAAUGUGUAUGUACUUUGCUUA